GCAGCAGCUAACAAGCAGCACUGACUGCACACAUCAACUUUCAGCUUGUAGCUCACAACUUUUACAGAGUUUAAAAGAAAAAAGGAAAAACUGGAGUAAAGAGUCAGGCAGCAGCUUCUCUUCAGUCACAGUUCAGUCAGCGGGAAACAAGGAAGUGAACAGCUGUCUGACUUCUCUUAAUUUCCGCCGGAAAAAGGAUGCCGAUGUGCAAAUGUUGACUGUGAAGUUUCCUCUGUGAAGAAGUGUCUCCAGACUGGGACAUGUUAUCUCUCAGAGCCAGGCCUCCUCUGUCCUGACACAGGGAGUUUUACAGCCGAGAUCCUGAUUGUCUACCUCAAUACACGUGGAGUCCGCUCCUACUGUUCUACCUCUUUGGACCUCUGCUACUUUUUUUUUUUUUUUCCUACCUCAGCACACAUGUUUAGUUGCACGUAGCUGUUAUCAGCCAGCUUGGAAAGCCUAACAGAUCCUUCAGUUUGUCAGCAAGCUCUCAGGUGUCAGUCAUCCGGUGUCAGCGUAACACAGUUGACUGGGUUUCUUCCUGCUUUUUUAUCCUCCCGUAAUCGCUCUCCGACCUCGCACAGCCCCUGCUGGGGAGGAGCCACCCGAAGCCGCCAUGUCGCACGGAGGUUUGUGAUGUCCGAGCCCUGCAACGGACUGACACCAGGAGAAGGAACGGGACAGGGGCAGGGUCAAAGAGACACUCCUCGAUUUUUGGUUGGCUGUGAAGAUGAUGAGCAGCACUUGGGCCAAACGGAGGCAAGCAUGAAGAACGAGAUGUUUCGAGAAGAGGAGUUGGAAGAUGACGAUGAUGAGUCGCCAUCGGAGCGACAGAUUGUGGUCGGCAUAUGCGCCAUGAUGAAGAAGUCAAAUUCCAAGCCCAUGACUCAGAUCCUGGAGCGGCUUUGUAAGUUUGACUACAUCACCGUGGUCAUCUUCCCGGAGGAGGUGAUCCUGGAGGAGCCGGUGGAAAAAUGGCCUCUCUGCGACUGCCUCAUCUCCUUCCACUCCAAAGGUUUCCCUUUGGACAAAGCUGUGGAGUAUGCAAAACUCAGGAAUCCACUGCUCAUCAACGACCUCAACAUGCAGUAUUUCAUACAGGACAGGAGGGAAGUGUACCGUAUCCUACAGGAAGAGGGCAUUGACCUACCUCGUUAUGCUGUGUUAAACCGAGACCCCGACAAACCUGAAGAGUGUAACCUGGUGGAGGCGGAGGACCAUGUUGAGGUGAACGGGGAAGUGUUCCCUAAACCUUUUGUUGAGAAACCUGUGUGUGCUGAGGACCACAAUGUGUACAUCUAUUACCCGACAUCUGCUGGCGGAGGCAGCCAGAGACUCUUCAGAAAGAUUGGAAGUCGGAGCAGUGUGUACUCCCCAGAAAGCAGCGUACGAAAGACUGGAUCCUACAUCUACGAGGAGUUCAUGCCCACAGAUGGUACAGAUGUGAAGGUUUACACUGUGGGUCCAGACUACGCUCAUGCAGAGGCACGGAAGUCUCCUGCGCUGGACGGGAAGGUAGAGAGAGAUAGCGAAGGGAAGGAGAUCCGAUACCCUGUCAUGCUCACCGCCAUGGAGAAACUAGUGGCCCGUAAGGUCUGCAUGGCCUUCAAGCAAACAGUUUGUGGGUUUGACCUGCUCAGAGCCAACGGACACUCCUUCGUCUGUGACGUCAACGGCUUCAGUUUUGUCAAAAACUCCAUGAAAUAUUACGAUGACUGUGCCAAAGUCCUGGGGAACAUGGUGAUGAGAGAGUUAGCCCCACAGUUUCACAUCCCCUGGUCCAUCCCGAUGGAAGCUGAAGAUAUCCCCAUUGUCCCGACAACCUCAGGAACCAUGAUGGAGCUGCGCUGUGUUAUCGCCAUCAUCCGCCAUGGAGACCGCACACCAAAGCAAAAGAUGAAGAUGGAAGUCCGACAUCCUCUAUUCUUUGACUUGUUUGAGAAGUAUGGAGGCUACAAAUCAGGAAAACUAAAGCUGAAGAAGCCAAAACAGUUACAGGAAGUGCUGGAUAUCGCCCGCCUGCUGCUGGUCGAACUCGGCCAGCACAACGACUGUGAGAUCGAGGAGAAGAAGUCUAAACUGGAGCAACUCAAGACUGUCCUGGAGAUGUACGGCCAUUUCUCAGGUAUCAACAGGAAAGUCCAGCUGACCUACCUGCGUCACGGCCAACCUAAAGCCUCCAGUGAAGAAGAAGACUCUAAGAAGGACAGCCCAUCUCUGCUGCUGGUCCUGAAGUGGGGCGGAGAGCUAACACCUGCAGGCCGGGUUCAGGCUGAGGAGCUGGGCAGGGCCUUUCGCUGCAUGUACCCUGGAGGUCAAGGUGACUACGCUGGCUUUCCUGGUUGUGGCCUCCUGCGCCUGCACAGCACUUACCGUCAUGACCUAAAGAUCUACGCCUCAGACGAAGGCAGGGUGCAGAUGACAGCCGCUGCUUUUGCCAAGGGACUGCUGGCUCUCGAAGGGGAACUGACUCCAAUCCUGGUCCAGAUGGUGAAGAGUGCAAACAUGAAUGGACUGCUGGACAGUGACAGUGACUCUCUGACCGACUGCCAACAGAAGGUGAAGGCCAGACUGCAUGAUAUCAUGCAGAAGGACCAGGAGUUUACACAGGAGGACUAUCAGAAGUUGGCCCCCACUGGCAGCCCAUCGCUGGUGAACUCCAUGAACAUCCUACAGAACCCCGUCAAGACCUGUGACAAAGUGUACGCACUCAUUCAAAACCUCAACGCACAAAUCCGAAAGAGACUGGAGGACCCCAAGUCUUCAGAUCUGCAGCUCUACCACAGUGAGACGUUGGAACUAAUGUUGCAGCGCUGGUCCAAACUGGAAAGAGAUUUCCGUAAUAAGAAUGGCCGCUACGACAUCAGCAAGAUCCCAGAUAUCUAUGAUUGUAUCAAAUAUGACACACAGCACAAUGCCUCGCUUGGUCUGGAGGAAACGCUGGAGCUGUUCAGACUGUCACGAGCCCUGGCUGACAUCAUCAUACCACAGGAGUAUGGCAUCAGCAGAGCGGAAAAACUGGACAUCGCUCAGGCGUACUGUGUUCCUCUGAUGAAGAAAAUCCAGCUGGACCUGCAGAGGACUCAUGAGGAUGAAGCCGUUAACAAGCUGCAUCCCCUAUAUUCUCGAGGUGUGAUGUCUCCCGGUCGUCAUGUCCGCACACGUCUCUACUUCACCAGCGAGAGCCACGUUCACUCCCUGCUCAGUGUUUUCCGCUACGGAGGACUGCUGGAUGAGGAGAAGGACCAGCAGUGGAAACAGGCCAUGGACUACCUGAGUGCUGUGUCUGAACUCAAUUACAUGACGCAGAUUGUCAUCAUGCUGUAUGAAGACAACAAUAAGGAUCCUUCUUCAGAGGAGCGUUUUCAUGUGGAGCUCCACUUCAGUCCGGGAGUCAAAGGAUGUGAAGAUGAGGAAAAUGUACCUCUCGGCUUCGGCUUCCGCCCAGCCUCCUCAGAGAAUCAAGACAAAAAGCCCAAUCAGGGCAGUCUGGAGGACCUCUCCCAGGACCAAACAGACCAGGCACUUAAUAUCUCUGAGCCCAUCAACAUCCAACGGAGGUCACCCAUGAUCCGCAACCGCAAGACCGGCUCCAUGGAGGUCCUCUCUGAGACCUCUCCCACCCAGUCAUCCAAAGGCUCCACAUCCCACCGACUCUUCCCCUCGUGUUCGCGCCAGUCUCCUGAGAUCAAACCAGCCAGUGGUCUAGGUGGGCACCUCUUCUCUGCUUUUCCUUACACAGGCUCGCUCUGCUCUGGCCUCUUCAGUGCCUCCGCCCUCGGGGUGUCCUGUAGCGCCCCCAACCUGCGAGACUACGUCCGCACGCACCACCACCAUCGAAAACCACCCCUGUCCCCCGGCAGUGUGCCGAUUGGCAUGUUUGAGCUGUUCUCUAUGCCGGCAGUAAAGAGAUUUUCUGUGUCGUUUGCCAGGCAUCCGACUAAUGAGCCGUCAGAUGAGCUCCUGCUGGGGUUUGCUCCUCUGGCUGUGGACGGGGCCAUGGCCCACCACCUGCACCACUGCCCCUACCACCUUCGUCUCCUCAAGACCUGGCUGAAGUCUGGUCAGGAGCUCACAGAAUCUCUCUACGGUUUUGAAGGCUGCUCCAUGGUGCCCUCUAUCUACCCGCUGGAGACGCUGCACAACUCGCUCUCGCUGAAGCAGGUGGACGAGUUCCUCAACACCAUGUGUGAGAGCAGCAGUGAGGCCCACGCCAAGACCAUGAAAGCACUGUCCGGCCUGUUCGACUCUCAGAGCCAGACGUCUCUCUACAGCCCACAGCAGCCUCUGUCCUCCUCUGGAUCUGAGACGUCUCUUCGCCCGCCGAGCCAGCCCCUAUGGCACGGCAGCAUCCCCUCCAGUGCUGUAUCCAGUGCGGGCCCCUCGUCUCCGAUCACAGAGAGCUCUGGACUGAACUUCAGCUUCAGUGAGUAGACUGCAUCUAUAAAACACAAGGACUUCUGGGUAUCUGAGGACAAGAUCUGAAGACUUCAGUUUGUCCGUCUUUCCCUCCUUUUUCUUCUGCGGCACAUUCACAUAAAGACACUGGAGGAGAUGCUGAUACUGGAGAGAGAAGCCAGCAUUCAGACAUUUAACCACUCUGACUCUACACAUGGACCCUUCUGAU